AUGGAGAAGAUGGAGGAGUUUGUCUUCAAGUUGGGGCCCUCAACUCACAAGUUGGAUUACUCAGGUAUCGCGUUGCUGAUCAUGGGCAGCUUCGUACCCUGGUUAUACUACUCCUUCUACUGCUCCCCCCAGCCCCGGCUCAUCUACCUAAUCAACGUCUGUGUGCUGGGCAUCACUGCCAUCGUGGUAUCUCAGUGGGACCGCUUUGCCACCCCUCAGUACAGGGCCUUGCGCGCAGGCGUGUUCCUGGGUCUUGGUCUGAGCAGACUAGUCCCCACACUUCACUUCAUGUUUGUCGAGGGCUUCAUCAAAGCAGCGACGGUUGGACAGCUGGGCUGGCUGUUCCUCAUGGCUUUCCUGUACAUCGUGGGUGUUGCCGUCUAUGCUGCUCGCGUCCCUGAGCGUCUCUUCCCUGGCAAGUGCGAUAUCUGGUUUUAUCUGUUCUUUUGUUUAAACUUUGAAAUGAACAAUUGUGAAGCAACAAGUUUUUACUCAUCCUUGGACUCCUAA